AUGGCACACUACCCAAUCCAGCUUCAGAAGCUCACAACGCCUAUAGAGGUUGCGCAGCAGUCACGAGCACGGAAGAAGCAGGAUUUUCUCAUCGCCUUCUCUCCGAUCAUUGCCGAAGCUACGGCGAUCGCAUACAAGGGUGCAUCAAAUGAGAUCCAGCAAAAGAUCCGGCGCGUGGUCGAGGUGUGGAGGCAACGAUCCAUCUUUGAGUUGCCCAUCCAGGAAGCCGUAGAGUCUCGUGUGGAUGAGAUUGAUAAGUCGCGCUCGACCGGUAAAAAGCCCCCGUUGGGCGGAUCCCUCUUUUCAAGCUCAUCUGGCUCAACGCCGUCCGAGCUUCAGCCCUUGGUUCCUCUUCAAGUCGCCCUCUCCAAAGCUACAGUGUCCUCUGGUGCGACUGCUACCGCCGCCAACGCGGAGUAUGAUAAAAUGAAUGAUCCCAACACUCCGUUACCGACCCCGCCUGUGCACGCAGCACGACUGAGUCAGUUGCUAAAGGCCCUUGCCAACGCGGAGAACUCGGUAUCGGAGGUCAUCAAGUCGCGGACAGCUUUGAUCGAAGGGCUAGAGAAACUUCUGGAGACCAAUCGCUCUGCGCUCUCCAGGGAGCAAUCUUUAAUCGCACAGCUGUCGGAGCGAAAAUCAGAGACGGAAUCGAAGAAACGAAAGGUUGAAGACGGGAUCAUGCGAGGAUUGUCGGUCGAGCACAACACGGCGACUAGCUCAAACGAUUCCGUCACUGAGGGGGAAGCUGUGCCUCGUCCUGAGGUUGAGGCUUUGACUCCUCCCCCGGUGGAGGCUCUUACUCCUGUCGGGUCACCCAAGCACGAGCCUCAGGAUAUAAACGAGCCCCAGGCGACUGAGUUCACGUUGCCGGGGUUUGACCAUAUCGAGGAAGAUGCCAAUGGGCUUCAUGCCAAAAAGCGCAAGGUGACGCAUGAGGAGGACUACGCGAAAUUUGCGAGCGGAGAUCUGGAUGCUGAUGUGGCCGAACUGCUGCAGCAGGAAAGUAACGCGCAGCAGUAG